AUGUCCGUACUUGACUUUGCCAGCCCCUCCGGCCUUAAACAUUGCAACAAACCUACCUACCCUACGUCAAAUCCCCAGGAACUCUCCCUAGGACGACUGCCGUCGCUGAGCCCGAGGCGGCAAAAUGCCGUUCGAAAAUUUAGACAUUUCCAUCAUACCAAAAUCGUAUCUAUUCCCGAGUACAAUUCCAAGCGACCGCAGUCCGUGCUUCGGUUUCCGGAUCGAGCCGUUAACGGAAUCGGGUGUGGCAGGCGAAGUCACAGUCGCAUUGCUGCCGACACGGGUGACUUGGCCGGCGUACAUAAUGCUAUUGGGAUAACGUACCAGACACCCCACAGCGGGACUGUCCUCUGGUCCCGCCUCAACACCUCUAUCCCAAGCCACGGUCACUCCCAAGCCAACAGGCCCAGCCCCAGUCCCAACAGCUCGCCCCGAAACUCAAUACCAACCCUCUCUCGUGCGGGAGGGAGUCAUAUCUAUUGCGGAAAUAUCAUCGCCGGCGCAAGCCGCGCUGGUGUGCCGUUAGCGAAGAAACUGAGAGCGGAAUGCUGGAUUGGUGCGCAUGAUGAGGAGAACAUUAGUGGCGGCGUUAUCAUGAAGUUUUCUCAAGAGUGAAAGAGGAAUGAUCGGGGAUAUUUAUGAGAAGGGAUGGGGUUUGUAUGUGAUGUUAGAGAUUUGG